AAUGAGAUGCACCUGUCAUGGAAACUAGUCUGCCUACUGGCUGCCUCGCCUGCAGCCAACUAUGCACUAACUUUCCUAUCUUCCGGCUUAACAUAAAGUCAACAUCGCAGGCGCACUAGGUUUUAAAGCGGUCCCGGAGAGUUAAGGGGUCUGCAGCCGAACUAGUAGGCUAUAUUGGAUCGUUUUGGAGCAGUGCCGUCUGCGCUCCAGCGCAUGGACUGCCCUGGUAUUGACCAGCUAGUGUUCCAUUGACCACGCAGUGCAACCGUUCCCCUUGCCCGUUGGUUUCCUCUGCGCUUUGAGGAGUAGCACAGUCCUGGUAGACCUGCCAAAUAUUUCAAGGAAGCGGUCCUGGACCCGGGCAGUUUUUCCACGAAGGACCCAUGAAGUAGUCAGCAUGCCCGAGGUGGAAGAAAUGAUUAACCUGGCCUACCUCACGGACGCGGAGCGGGAGCUGAUCGUGGAGGUUCUGCACCGUGACGCCGAGCUGAGGAAGAACGAGGAGCAACGCAUUCGGAAGCUGAAGUCGGACCUGCAGGACACCAAGAGGAAGGGGGCCAAGCGCGGCAGUGGAAGGUACAGUCUGCGCAGCUGCGGUCGCUGCCAGCAGGCCUUUAGUAGACUGUCUCUCGGCUCCAGUCAGUGCAGGGCGUGUAAACACAAUGUGUGCCCAAAAUGCCGCUCACCGCGCGCCGACGGAUCCUGCCUUUGCACUGUGUGUGCCAAAGAAGCGGACCUGAAGAAAUGCACAGGCGACUGGUUCUAUGACCACAGGGUGAACCGCUUCUCCACCAAGCAGGGGCAUGAACUAGUGAGAAGCUCGCUGAAGAGGCCAGCAGCUCUGAAGAAGCGCCAGACGGCUGGGGAGAUUCUGUUGAGGAGCGCCUCAGAAGAAGCUCCACUGAAGGCCCUCCCCCUCAUCCCUGUUCCGCACCCCCGGCAGAAGCCGCCGCCGCCGGCUGCCGACCGAGAAGACCCUGUGUGUGCCCCUCGGAUCAGCCCGCCGCACGCUAGUAAACCACAGAGCAUUGAUGCCGAUAAUGCCGACGGAUCCAGUCUGUCGAGCAGGAAGACCCUGGCGCUGUCGGCUAGCACAACCCCAGAACCGUUGAGGAGAGGCAAGGUCCAGUCCAGUCCAGCCGGGUCCGAUGUCUCCAGUGGGAAUGUGUCGAGCAAAGCGGACAGCUUAAGCAGUCACGGCUCUUCUUCUGACGCAGCUGCACGAGAGUCUGCCUGUGGUUCCUUGGAUAAGGCCCCAGAGGAGCAGCAUGUCGGCCGCAGCCCAGACACCUCAGAGGGCGAGGGCAUGUUUAAGAAGAGCAUACGGCGAAGAAACACUCCUGUGCACGCCUCCGCCCUGGACCUCCGUGAGGAGGUGGAGGAGGGUGUCCGUCCAGCCAUGGGCCACAGAAGUCGUUCUGUCCCGGGUCUCGACAUUCAGGAUGAGGAGGACGAGGACAUCGACAGCUUGGUCAACCUGCACAAAAAGGCAGUUUCCACCAGUCGGCGGAGCUCAUCGGUGACGAUGGGAAGCACCAUGAGUAUUUACAGCGACACGGGGGACUACGACUCGGUGGACGUGAGCGGGGAGAUCGUGUACACCGUCAGCUACGACGAACAUACGCAGAGCCUGAUCGUCUUCAUCAAGGAGUGCCACGACCUGGCCUAUGGUGACGCAGCCCGGCGCCACUGCAACCCGUAUGUCAAGUGUUAUCUCCUACCUGAAAAGUCUCGCCAGAGCAAAAGGAAAACCGCGAUCAAGCGAAAUACUACCAAUCCAGUCUACAAUGAGACGCUUAAGUACUCCAUCGGUCGCCAGCAGCUGACGAACCAAACCCUGGCCAUCGCCGUGUGGCACAACGGCCGCCUGAGCCGGAACGCCUUCCUGGGCGAAGUGAUGAUCACCCUUGACGUGCGCGACCUGGACUCUCCCCAGGAGGAACGCGUUGUCCUCAUGGCCAAGACAGCUUCUCCCGAGCUAGCCUCUGCCUUUGCACAGUACAAGGGGGAGUUGGUCAUCUGCUUGAAGUAUGUUACACCAAAAAAGCCUGCAAAAGCCGAGCGACUCUCAGGCAAGAAAGCCCAUGCAGUGGAAGGAGGGGAACUCCAUGUCCUGAUCAAAGAGGCCAAGAGUUUGGUGGCAAUGAAAGGUGGAGCUACCUCCGACACCUUUGUGAAAGGGCACCUGUUGCCCGCCAACGUCAAGUCGACCAAGAGGAAGACGCCGGUGGUGAAGAAGAACCAUAACCCUCACUACGACCACACGUUUGUGUACAAGGAGCUGAGCCUGGGGCAGCUGAGGGACAUGUGUCUGGAGCUCACCGUCUGGGACAGGGAGUCCGUGGCCAGCAACGAAUUCAUGGGAGGUGUGCGUCUGAGCACCGGCAUAGGCAAUCUAACAGUUGGGAAGGACGGCGUAGAAAUGGACUCCCAGGGUGAGGAGGUGAGUGUGUGGGAGAAGAUGAUGCAGUUCCCGGACUCCUGGGCAGAGGGCACUCUUCGUUUGCGUUCCACCAUGGGUAAAACCCCCAAAAAAGGACUCCAAACCUUGUUCUCACACUGAAAUGAAAGGGACUGUUUUCAAACGGAUCGUACCCCUUGAGACCAAUUCCCUGUGAUCAUAAAGCUAACAACACCAUCUAGAGUGCCUCCUGAACACUAAAACUAUAUGCAUCACCUCAUUCUCAUUGAAGUACAAAUAUUUACAUAGCUCUGUAUGCUCCACCUAUAUUUUUUUUGCACAGCCCAGUGACAUAACCAAUAGGCGUUAGUAUAUUCAAAUUAUACGCAUCAUAAUUAUACCGCCUUUGGAUGAUUUUGUUUUUAAUCUGGAAUAACGUAUUAAUAUCCAUCCGUAUUUAUGACACAGUGAUACUAGUUUGAGUAUGUGCCUCCAUGUAAAAUAAAUAUAUAUUUUUAAAGGCUGUGUAAAGUCUUAAUGUUAUCCCUGAACCUAAUAUGUAAAUGUUUUGAAGUAUAGCACAAUAAACUUGAAAUACAAUAAAACUACUAGUAUAGAUUCCAA